CCCGCAAGCUUUGAGGGGAAACCCUAUAUAAAUGCAUUUCAAAAGCUAUCUUUAUUCUUGAGCGAGUUAAAGGGUUUCUAAUCAAUAUAUCUUCUUUAAUUAGAUAUGUUUGCAUCGGCCUUUAAUUAUUAUAAACACUAUUGCUUAAUUAUUUUACUAAUUAUUCAAUAAGAGCCUCUUUCUUCCUAUAUAACAGUGGCCAAACUACAUCAACCAGUACCAAAUCCCUCUCUUUCUCUCUCUUGGAAAUUAUUCAAUAAUUUGCCCUCUCUCUCUCUCUCUAUCUCUCUCUCUCUCUCUCUCUCUCUCUCUCUCUCCAGCCCUUGCUUUCCUGCGCUGUUUGUUGUUGUUUUCUUCUUCUUCACCAUACGAGUAUGUUGAUGCUCGAAAAGGGUCAUUCAACAGCCAUGAACGCGAGAAUAGUCGGUUCCGGUAGCCAGAACUUAGUUCUUGCACAUGGGUUCGGAGGAGAACAGUCUGUCUGGGACAAAAUCCUCCCAGACUUGACUAAGCAUUUCAGAGUUCUUGUUUUUGACUGGAUCUUCUCAGGUGCUGUUAAAGAAGAACAUCAAGACCUUUUCGAUCCUGAGAAGUACUCUUCUUAUGAUGCCUUUGCAGAUGACUUGAUUUGUCUUAUAGACGAGAUGAACCUGAAAUCAGCAGUUUUUGUUGGCCACUCCAUGUCUGGUAUGAUUGGUUGCAUUGCUUCCAUUAAAAGAAGUGAGCUUUUUAAGCGGCUAGUACUUGUUGGAGCUUCUCCUAGGUACAUAAAUGCAGAUGAAUAUGAAGGAGGGUUUAAGAAGUCAGAGAUUGACGAUAUCGUCUCAAACAUAGAAUUUGAUUUCCAGAACUGGGCUGCAGGCUUUGCUUCUCUUGUUGUGGAUGCGAGAGAUCCUCCCUCAGUAGAAACGUUCAGAAAAUCCUUGGCAAACAUGAGGCCUGAAGUUGCCCUGUCGGUUGCCAAAACUGUGUUUUACAGCGAUGAAAGGGAAAUUCUUGACAAGGUUUCCAUCCCUUGUACUAUCGUCCAAACCACGAGUGACAUUGUUGUGCCAAACUCAGUUGCCUACUACUUGCAGGAGAAGAUCAAAGGGAAGUCUACGGUGGAGAUUAUAGAGACUAAUGGGCAUUUCCCUCUCCUAACUGCACACCAGCAGCUACUUGAUGUGCUUAAAGGAGUCCUAGCCCUCUCCAAUUGAAUAUAUAUAUAUAUAUAUAUAUAUAUAUAUAUAUAUAUAUAUAUAUAUAUAUAUCUUCUCUUUUGUACGUGGUGAUUUUUGUCUUCUGGUCCAUAAGAAAAUAAGGUAUGAAAAUAAAUGUCCAUUGGGACUUUGUAUCGUGUGUUCAUAAUAUGCUAGAUAGGAAUAGAACUUUAGACGUAGGAUAGAUAUAUAUGGUUGGAUUGAAGAAUGUUGUCCUUCUACAAUUAGUAUAUAGUCUCGGUUUAAUUAAUUUUUCUGUGUCUAGUUUGUAUUUUGCAUAAAAAUUAUAUUGGUAAUGAAAUUUGUGAGGCUUUAAGUUUGAA